AUGUGGAUCUGGAUAGACUGGGGCGCAGCCGGGCCUGGACGGGUCCAGUCAGCCUUGCUCGUGGUCACAUCCCCCUCUGUCCUUCCUCAACAUCACUCACGACUUAUCAUGCCCCCUAUUGCCCCACCAAUCGAUGCUGAGCUGUUCUUGAACAACCAGCAGAAGAGCGACCUCGAACGCAUCCCCGCUCCCUUUCGGCCAGUUGGUGCUUGGUUGCUCCUCCUUCGCGAUGAUAAGCGGGGCGAAUGGGUACAGCGCCGCCCCAAGUGCAUCGAAAGUACCGGCCAGCGAAUCCCCUGCAUCGACAGGAUAAACUCCGACGACAAGCUCUCCAGAUGUGAAGGGUGCCACCUCGGGGACUUCAGAUGUGCACCAGGAUACGAGUUCCCAGUCCAGAACGACCCCCCGCACAAUCCAAUUGACAUCUCCCGCACCGAAAAGCGGAAGCUCGAAGUUGAGGCAACCCAUGGCUCGAACGCUCCAAAGAUACCUAGGCUAUCAGAAGACUCGAUGACGGUCAAGGUGCCUUCUCCGGAAACGUCGAAACUUUCUGAAUACCCAGCUUUGCAAUCUUCAGCAAAAGGUCAACAACCACCGGCCGUCCGGGCAAGAGGAACAACCCCGGGUACGACUAAGACCGUCCAUGGGGAGGAGCCGGAGUACACGAUGUACACCGGCACCAAGGGAGUUUCGAGCACCAGCAUUCCGAACAGCUUCCCGCUCUACACCUAUGCACGGAUCCGAUGGCUGCUGGGACAAGCGAGGCGAGGCGUCCAGACGCGUCUCCUUAUCAGGGUCGACUUGCGAGAUGGUGAGUUUGACACUCUGAAGUGGGAGCGGCACGACUUCACUGUCGUCGUGACAUCCCCGUCGAGUGCCAGGGCGUCCACUUGGCUGGUCUCGUUGGUAGACCACAAGAUGAGGCUCGCAAGAGUGUUCUUCAGUGCGAAUGGGACAGUCGAGUUGAGCAGAAAUGGCCGUGCAGAGAAAGAGCUGUUCGUUGAGGCUACCCUCCGAACGGCAUUCGACUCCUUCAUGGGGCGUGUGUCUGUGGAGGGAUUUGCCCAACCCCGUCUCGAAGAAGGACCUGCUGGUAACUUUCACGCCACGAGCCUCGCCAUCGCCUGCGUGCGUGCCCUCCCCGACGUCCCAGUGCGCGACUUCAUAAUCGACGAUGAGAAAGCUCUCCAAGAGCACAGCGCUCUCUUGGAAGCCGAUCCCAAUCCUCCGACAUCAGUUACCCUUGGACCUGCCUCGCAAGUCGUUGCUCGCGUUUCCAGGCUCGACGGUCGAUUCUCAUGGGCAUGA